UGAAAAGGAGAUAAAGAUAGUACUGUGGGAAAUUGAUGGGGAUAAAGCCCCAAGUCCUGAUGGGUAUGGAAGCCAAUUCUUCAAAGAUAGUUGGGAAAUUGUGAAAAAAGAUCUGAUAGCAGGGGUGCAAGAAUUCUUUGAAACAGGGAGGGUGUUGAAAGGGGUCAACAAUACUGUUAUAACAUUGAUUCCAAAGGGGACACAUGCUGAUACAGUACUAAACUGCAUGCCAAUAACAUGCUGCAACACCAUUUAUAAGAUAAUAUCUAUGAUGAUGUGCAAUAGAUUGAAAGAAGUGCUCCCCGGAAUAAUAUCAGAGAACCAAAGUGCAUUUGUGAGUGGUAGAACAAUUGUGGCAAGGUAAUAUAAAAGGGAAAAGAGGAUUAAGGCAAGGGGACCCCCUCUAUCUCCGUUGCUUUUUGUCAUUUGUAUGGAGUACUUCACAAGCAUCAUGUAGUGGGUGACAGAACAAGAGGGAUUUGAGUAUCAUACCAAAUGCAGAAGCAUGAAACUAAACCACCUCUGCUUUGCUGAUGACAUGCUCAUUUUCAGCAAAAGGGAGUUCACCCCAGUGGUACUCAUGCUAAGGGGCCUUAAAACUUUUGCAGAGGCAUCAGGGCUGACGACUAACAAUGCAAAGUCUAAUAUAUUCUCUGCAAACAUGCCAACACAAAUGGUGGAGGAUCUCUGUGAACUUACUGAAUACUUAAAGGGGAAACUCCCAUUUAGAUAUCUGGGAAUCCCUAUAUUAUCUAAGAGACUAGCAGCUAUCGAAUGUGAAACAUUGGUGAUAAAAUGGUGGCCAGAGUUAGAACAUGGGAAUCAAGGAACCUAACCUAUGCGGGAAGGGUACAGCUAGUGACUCUAUAAUGAUGCACAUUCAUGCAUACUGGUCCUUAAUCUUUAUAUUUCCAAAAGGGGUCAUGAAGAAAAAAAUAAUAAAAGAUGUAGGAAUUUCAUCUGGAGUGGGCAGGUGCAAACAGGAAAAACACCUUUAAUCUCCUGGGAUAUAAGAUGCAGACCAAAGAAGAAAGGGGGGCUGGGAGUGAAGGAUAGUGUUGUGUGGAAUGAAUCAGCUGUGGCAAAAUACAUAUGGAAUGUAGCUAGCAAAACUGAUAAUCUCUAGGUCAAAUGGGUAAACCACAUAUACUUAAAAAAGACAGAAUGGUGGCAAUAUCAACCUCCUCAGGACAGCUGUUGGUAUUGGAAGAAGAUAUGCAAGUUGAGGAGUAAAUUUGCAGCUGGGUACACACAUAAUGGAUGGUUUAAAGCAAAUGGAAAAUAUACACUUCAAAGUGGAUAUAAUUGGAGAAUGAGGAUUGGUACUGAGGGCCCUGGUGGAGAGCGGUGUGGAACAAUGUAAAUAUCCCUCCAAACAGCUUUAUAUGCUGGCUCACCAUGCAUAAAAGACUGAUGACAAGGGACAGAUUCGGUAAGAUGGGCAUAUUCCAAGAGGAAGCAUGUCUGUUAUGUGGAGACUGCUCUGAAACUGUUGAUCAUAUUUUCUUUAAAUGUGCAUUUUCUCAACAAUGCUUGAAGGUCACUAUGGAAUGGCUGCAGAUUAAAGUAAGCAGGAAUGACAGUAAUGGCAUUUGGAGAAAUAAUGCAAGAAGAGUUCGAGGUAAGGUUAGCAAAGCCUUCCUUUGGGCAAUAGUAAAUGCAUUAAUAUAUCGUCUAUGGAGGGCAAGAAAUGAAGCACUGUAGAGUCAUAGAGUACCAAGGCCCCACCUUGUAAGCAAGCAAGUCUAACAGGAAUGCAGACAAAGAACUUUUGACAUAAUGUAUAGGAAGAAAAGGUGUAAAGAUAGGAGAUGGAUAGCAGAGCUGUACACACAAUAGCAUAGCAAGAAUAGUAAUGUUUUCCUUUUCUGAGUAAUGAGGACUGGGGUGAGGUAAAUUAGAGGCAAUUAAAGCCUGGUCUCUUUGUAUGUGUUUUUUGCAGUGGAAAAUCAAUAAAAUGGUUCGGUGGAUCAAAAAAAGUUUCAAAAUCCAAGAGCAUUUACCAGGAAUUUCAUCAUAUAAAAUGGAUAAUCUCUAAGACGAUGUCUACUACUUAGUGGAUCUGGAAAUGGCAAGAUCUUAGCAAACAAACUAGCUAUAAAUGGUCCUCACAAAAUUGAAUGCAUUAUAGUGAGAUGGAUCAGACCUCCUCUGGGAUGGACAAAGCUUAAUGUUACAUCUCGUAUUUUUAUACAUCGGGACAACCCGGAUUAAUUAUGAUAAUUUAAGGCCAAGACUAUUCCGGGGUUUGAAGUCGGGAUUUUGACCUUUUGAUUUUUUUUUGAGACAUAAGUUAUAUAUGAAAUUGUCGGCAUUGAACACCUAGGAAAAAAAAAUUGGGACCACAAUUCAUAAAUUUGGGAUUUAAAAAUCUUGCUAAUUGGGGCUCUUGGCCGUGUAGGUCCUUAAUGGCCCACACAAUUUUUGUGGUCAAUUUUAAUUAGUCCACCACUUGUGUGGGCCAUGAUCACUUGUACAAUAUAUGUGGACUUAAAAGAUGACCAAGAGCUCAUCUUUCUCUUAUUCACCACUUAGCAAAAUAUCAAGAAAAGUUGGAGAAACAACUCCCUCUAGCUCACGGCUAAGAGGAGGAAAAUCCAACUCCAUUUUUAGCCUUCCCAAAAAAAUAAUUCUUUGGCUCAAACCCACUAAUUAGAGGUCCCUAAGUAUCGUGGAAACAUCGUUGGAGCGAUCAAGUCAUACAUUUAAGAGAUGUGCAAACCCUAACUUCCUUGUGGGUUGAAGAACAAAGAUCGUGGGCAGCCCGAAGCCUAGUUUAGACUUAGCUUGAGUUGGAUCAUAUUGGAGAGCGUUUGAGGUAUGUAAAGUAACCUUUCUUUUUGGCAUGCCUUAGUUAAAGUAGGCCAUGAUACGAGCCUCUAGGAAACUCUAUUCUCGCAAAUCCGAGCUUGUCUAUGAUUCGUAUUUGUUUCCUUGGUAUUCUUGGGCGCAUAUGCCAUAACAUUGAUCCUUAUAUCCUUGGAGUUUAUAAUUUGUAAAGAUUUCAUGAAAGUUGAUUUUUGGUUUCAAAGCUUGUUCCUUAGCGAUUCCAAAAGUUCAAACGCCCAUAACUUCCUCAGAAAAGCUCGGAUUUCUUUGAAAUUUUCGUAGGAAUUUGUAUGAUAUAAAAUGGGUAUGUUUUUCAUAGGCGGGCUCAGUUCGGGUCUAUACUCGUCCGUGGGUCCCGCGACGCCCUUUAUGUAAUUUCGGUAACUUUGGGAAGAAAAUGUUGUAAUUAUUGUUCCGAUUUCAAAUAUGACUAUUUUACUUAUCUUUUGGAUUUAUGAUAAUGACUUUAUGCAUAUGAUUCCUCACUACUCCGCUCGUGCCCUAUGAUAUCGUUCGCCGGUUCCCGGGCCGGUUCGGUUGUCGUGCGUAUUAUGAUACAUUCUGGUGUUAUGCUGUGUUUAUGGUUCGCCGAGCUCCUCGCUCGAGGGCCGGGUUCCAUAUAUGUUUGGCGUUAUGCUGUGUUGUGAUGUGUGCCGGGGAUUCGGAGAUUUGAAACUUUCUGGUGUUAUGCUGUGUUAUGGCGCCAUCGACAGGCGGGCGACCAUAUUUUCCUGUGCCCUAUGCAUAAUUUAUACUUUGGAAAUAAACAUUUUGAUAUUUUUGGAUAUGUAUUAUUUUCCAUACUUCUGAUUCGAUUACUGUUCAAGACUUAUUUCUGUACCUUCUGCUUUGCAUACUCAGUACAUAUUUCGUACUGACCCCCUCCUCCGGGGGCUGCGUUUCAUGCCCACAGGUACAGACGCACAGCCUGGUGAUCCACCGGUUUAGGACACCCCCUUCUGCUAUUCGGAGUGCUCCUCUCAUUCUGGAGCUUAUAUUUUUGGUAUAUAUAUUUGUUAGUGCAUUUAUAUAUAUUCGUUCAUGGGUACGGCGGGGCCCUGUCCUGUCAUAUGAUUCUGUCGGUCUGUUUAGAGGUCUGUGGACAUGUUUGUGGGUUAGGGUCUUCCUGUACAGAUGCGUGUAUAUGUUGUGUUUGGGCGAUCCCAUUCGCCGCGGUGGCCGGUCCGCAUAUGUUUACAUGUUGCUUUGUUGGCCGGUGUGGCCUUUGUUGGUAUUUUCUGUGCGCAGGGUUAUUUUGGAUAGUCUGUAAAACAAAGGAAACUCUGCCGAAAUUUUUCUGGAAAUUUUCUAAAUUUGAAAUAUAGCCUUGACGUCUUCUGCUAUAUACUUGAAUGCGUUUGAUAAAAUUUGAGAUAGCAUUUGAUAGAUGUGUUUGGGUGCCCAGAUCGGGUACUAGUCACGGCCUACGGGGUUGGGUCGUGACAGAAGUGGUAUCAGAGCGGUUUGUCCUCGGAAUGUCUACAGACCGUGUCUAGUAGAGUCUUGUUUAUCGGUGUGUUGUGCACCACAUAUAUAAACAGGAAGCUACGGCACAUUUAGGGUGUUUCCUUCCUUUGAAUCUUAGAUCGUGCGAUAGAGCUGUGCUAUUAGGAUGAUUCUGUUCUGAUCCGUUGUUGUUUUUUUUUUUUUCAGUGAUGCCUCCGAAGAAGGCGACGACCGCCCAGAAGAAAAAGGGCGUGGUAGGAGAGACCAGCCGGGCUCAGAAGGGUACUCGGACCCUUGCUCAAAUGAUGCGUGAUAUUGCGUCCCGGCCAGCAGACUCUACUACGUCUUCAUCAUCAGAGGAGUCUGGAGCACUAGUCGCUGCCACUAGGGGUCGGGGGGCGGCUACACCAUUAGCUCCAGAGGCUCCAACGACCGCACCUCCAGUUCCCCAGCCAGGGGCUGACGAUGGUACCCUGCGAGAGGCAGUUCAGCUAUUGACUCGACUGGUAGCAGGGCAGGUUCAUAGACAUGGAGGAGGAGAUGGUCGGGCAGACAGGCGCGACAGUUCGAGGGCCCGUGAUUUUUUGACCUGUGGCCCCCCAGAGUUCUUCGGGUCAAAGCCCGCAGAGGACCCUCAUGAGUUUAUUCAACAGAUGCAGCGGACCCUGCGACUGAUUAGUGCUUCUGAUACAGAGUCAGUUGAGUUGGCGUCAUACCGGUUGCAUGACGUAGCAGCCAAUUGGUACGAGUCUUGGAUGUUGUCCAGAGGUGAGGGUGCCCCUCCAGCUGUAUGGGAUGAGUUUACAGAGGCCUUCAUGGCCCACUUUCUACCUCCGGAGGUGAGGCGCGCCAGGGUAGACCGAUUCCUGCUGUUGAAGCAGCGGGGCAGGCCGAUUCGGGAGUACAGCUUAGAGUUUGAUUCACUGGCUUGAUAUGCGCCCACAUAUGUAGCUACCAUGACUGACCGGAUGCACCGAUAUAUAAUGGGGCUAGAUCUGUAUUACGUUGACAGUUGUCUGGUAUUGGCGGCCUAGCACGAUAUGGAUAUUGCCCGAAUACAGGCCCACGCCCAGGGCAUGGAGGAUAGACGCAGGGGGCGCCAGCCUGACAGAGUUGAUGAUAGGGGCCAGCCCAAGAGGGCUAGAUCAUCCGGGUAUUCUGGGGAUUUCCGAGGCAGACAGCCUCAGCAGCAGCAGCAGAGCAGAUAUCCUUCUCAGUCAUCACGGGGUACACCCCCACAGUUUACCGGCAGGAGAUCUGAGGGUGCCGGAUAUUCAGGGGCAGGCCCGAGCUCCAGGGCUUCAGGUUCACAGUUGGACAGAGGUUCUAGCAGUCAGAUGAGGCCACCUAGACCUUCGUGUUCCUACUGUGGGAGACAGCACCCGGGGGAGUGUUUCCGAGCUACGGGUGCAUGCUUUGUUUGCGGCCGUCAGGGCCAUCAGAUGAAAGAUUGUCUGGUCAAAGGCGGUACAGGCAGUUCAGCUCAGUCUACCGGGUCAGCCGGUGGUUCAUCUUCAGCCUCAGUAGCCAUGCGUCCUACUGGACGGGGUACACCAGCAUUAGCAGGCCGAGGCAGGGGUCGUGGUGGAGUUCCUGGUUCUAGCGGUCCUUCGAACCGCAUUUAUGCAUUAGCCAACCGACAGGACCAGGAGGCGUCGCCUAAUGUCGUCACAGGUAUAUUACUGGUUUUCUCUCGAUCUGUGUAUGCAUUGAUUGAUCCUGGUUCGACUUUAUCAUAUAUUUCCCCACUUGUUGCUAAUGAGAUUAGGAUAGAAUCCGAGCCGAUAGAGCCUUUUGAGGUAGCUACACCUGUAGGGGAUUCUGUUAUAGCCAGACAGGUUUAUCGGGAUUGUUCUGUUAUCAUAUCUGAUCGUUGUACUAAAACUGAUUUGAUGGAGUUAGAUAUGCUAGAGUUUGAUGUUAUUAUGGGCAUGGACUGUUUAGCGUCCUGUUAUGCUAAUGUUGACUGCCAGCAGAAGGUAGUUCGUUUCCAGUUCCCAGGGGAACCAGUUAUAGAGUGGUCCGGGAGUACAACGUCGCCGAGGGGUAAGUUUAUUUCAUACCUCAAGGCUAAGAAGAUGAUUCAGAAGGGUUAUAUUUAUCACCUGGUCCGUGUACACAAUACUACAGCCGAGGCACCUACUUUGCAAUGA